CAAAAACAUUAAAAUCUACGCCCAAAAAUUAUAGAGAACAAAUAUAAAGCAAAGUGCAAAAGAGAAAACCAAAAAAAAAAAGUGUUUCUUUUUUUAAUAAGAAAAAAAUAGACUUUUUUUUUAAGAACAGUGAAGAAGUAGCAGAACAAAGAGAAAUGGAGAAAAGAAUCUUUUAGAUUUCUCGCAGACUCACACACACUCACCACCAUUACUCCAAAAAAGACGUUGCACCUCAAGUACAGAGUUUAUUAUAGACCCAAGAGAGAUGGUAUCAAGAUCUUAUUCCAACCUCUUGGAUCUUGCUUCUGGCAAUUUCCAUUCGUUUUCCCGGGAAAAGAAGAGGUUUCCGAGAGUAGCAACCGUCACAGGUGUCUUGUCUGAGCUAGAUGAUGACAACAACAGCAACAGUGUCUGCUCUGAUGCUCCUUCUUCCGUCACGCAAGAUCGGAUCAUCAUCGUCGGAAACCAACUUCCUAUUAAAUCCCACCGGAACUCGGCCGGUAAGUUGGUUUUCAGCUGGGACAACGACUCGCUUCUCUUACAGCUUAAAGACGGUAUGCGUGAAGACAUGGAAGUCGUCUACAUCGGUUGUCUUAAAGAGCAAGUCGAUGCUGUCGAGCAAGACGAUGUUUCACAAAGACUGCUUGAGAAUUUCAAAUGCGUUCCUGCUUACAUCCCACCUGAGCUGUUCACCAAGUACUACCAUGGAUUCUGUAAGCAACAUCUAUGGCCUUUGUUUCACUACAUGCUUCCUUUGACGCCUGAUCUUGGAGGUAGAUUUGAUCGCUCGUUAUGGCAAGCUUACCUUUCGGUUAACAAGAUCUUUGCUGAUAAAGUCAUGGAAGUGAUUAGCCCUGACGAUGAUUUCGUUUGGGUUCAUGACUAUCACUUGAUGGUUUUGCCUACGUUCUUGAGGAAGAGGUUUAACAGAGUAAAGCUCGGUUUCUUCCUUCAUAGCCCGUUCCCUUCUUCCGAGAUUUACCGUACUCUUCCAGUGCGAAACGAGCUCUUACGAGCACUCCUCAACGCUGAUCUGAUCGGGUUUCAUACUUUUGACUACGCAAGACACUUCCUUUCUUGCUGCAGCAGGAUGCUUGGCUUAUCUUAUCAGUCCAAAAGAGGAACCAUAGGGCUUGAGUACUAUGGUCGAACGGUUAGUAUCAAGAUUCUCCCUGUAGGGAUUCAUAUCAGCCAGCUUCAGUCGAUUUUGAACCUCCCUGAGACUCAGACCAAAGUUGCUGAGCUAAGAGAUCAGUUCUUGGACCAAAAGGUUCUUCUUGGUGUCGAUGACAUGGACAUCUUCAAAGGAAUCAGCCUCAAGCUCUUGGCAAUGGAACAACUUCUCCAGCAACAUCCAGAGAAGAGAGGCCGAGUCGUGCUUGUCCAGAUCGCAAACCCUGCAAGAGGCCGUGGGAAAGACGUUCAGGAGGUUCAGUCUGAAACCGAAGCCACGGUUAAACGGAUCAACGAAAUGUUUGGGAGACCAGGUUACCAACCCGUGGUUCUGAUUGAUAAACCGCUUCAGUUCUUUGAGAGGAUUGCUUACUAUGUGAUUGCAGAGUGCUGUCUUGUUACAGCGGUAAGAGAUGGUAUGAAUCUUAUACCUUAUGAGUACAUUAUCUGCAGGCAAGGCAAUCCGAAACUCAACGAGACUAUAGGCAUUGACCCUUCAGCUGCAAAGAAGAGUAUGCUCGUUGUCUCUGAGUUUAUCGGGUGUUCUCCUUCUUUAAGCGGCGCCAUUAGAGUGAAUCCUUGGAACAUCGAUGCAGUGACUGAAGCAAUGGACUAUGCACUGAUAGUCUCAGAAGCAGAGAAGCAGAUGCGUCACGAGAAGCAUCACAAAUAUGUUAGCACACAUGAUGUUGCGUACUGGGCGCGCAGCUUUAUACAGGAUCUUGAAAGGGCUUGCGGUGACCAUAUGAGGAAGAGGUGUUGGGGGAUAGGUUUUGGGUUAGGCUUUCGAGUUGUGGCGCUUGAUCCGAGUUUUAAAAAGCUUUCGAUUGAUCACAUUGUCUCGGCUUAUAAGAGGACCAAGAACCGAGCCAUUCUUUUGGAUUAUGAUGGCACAAUGGUGCAGCCAGGGUCCAUUAGGACAACACCAAGCCGCGAAACGAUCGAGACCUUGAACAGUCUGUCUAAUCUAAGAUCCCAACUUCACUCCGUUUCGAAAACACGCGGCAUUGUGAUAUCUUGCGCGGAUGAGGAAACGGAAGUGUUGAUCUUAAAGGAAGUGGUGCCAAAUUCUCCAAGAAAGGAGAUA